AUGCAAUCGAAAAGCGCUAUUGAUAUUAUGAAUCUCAAGAAUGGAGAAGCAUUCAUUAUAAAGCUUCCAAACUAAGUAUACUAAGAUCUUCAAGCAAUUCUUGAACCAGAUGAUUACUUUUAAGAUGAUUGCUAUAUUGAAGUUGGAGAAUUCGUUUAUGAUUUCAAAGAUUAAAAGGCAAGUCUUGAAUUUCUAAGUGAAAACUCUCAACCACAUAUCUUGGAUAUUAUGAAUGUUGACUCCCUAAAGUGUGAAUCUAGAUCAUAAUUCAAAGUUUUAAUGAGCGAAAAUUCUACCACUUCAAAUAUACAAGGUAGUUUUACUAAUUUGUUAGGAAAAAGAUAAAAAUUACUUAACUCAAUCGAUCAUGAGGUUUUGACCAUGCCUAGAAACUAUCAAGUAAAGAGAUAAAAGAUUAAUGCUAAUUAAAAUCAAUUAGUAUCUGUAAGAGACACUUGUAUUAUUACAGACAAAGUACUAAAACUUAACUUAGGCUCGCAGAUUUUUGAUUUAAAAGAGAAUAAGGACUCAAAUAUCUAGAAUGUCAAAAAGAAUCCGAUGAAAAUAGCCAAAGUAAAUCGUAAAAGUUUAACUAGUGAUCAAAUAAGAGAAUUACUAAUCAGGCUAUUUAACUCCUAGAAAGUAAUGAAUUACCAAGAAAUUUAAAGUAUCAUGAAAAAUCCAGAUGGACCACUUAGAUUAAUACUCGGAGAAAUUUGUGAAUUUGACAAGAAGACAAAAACUUAUUCACUUAAAUCAUUUCUAUAGAUAUGA